AUGUGGGCACCGAAACUUGAGACCAUCAGGAUAAGGGGAUGUUGGAGCCUUAGGCGCCUACCUGCCGUCGGACACAACACUAAGCCGCCCAAGGUGGACUGCGAGAAGGAAUGGUGGGACAACCUUGAGUGGGAUGGGUUGAGGAUGUACCACCACCCUUCUCGCUACGAGCCGAACCACUCACUGUACUACAAGAAGGCUCAGCUGCCCAGAGGCACUGUACUCAGGUGA